CUAUUGUCAGCGAAAGGUUGCGGCCAAAAUGAAGAUCGUUGCCUUUGUCGUUGCCAUCGUCGCGGGGGCGUCCGCCAUUGCCUCGCACAGCGGCGCCUUUACGCUUGCGCGGACGGCGUGCGACGCUAAAGACUGUCCGCAUGGCGGCUGCUACUUUCAAGACUGCGCAACCAGCGUCUCGUGCACCGGUGGCGUCUGUGAUUUUCGGAACUGCGUGGCGCCGAUUUGCCAAGGCGGCCGCUGUGGCUUUCUCGGGUCGACGGGGGCGACCUGCCCGGGCGGCAGCUGCGCCUUUCUGGACGUCGCCGAAGCCUUGACCGAUGGCUACUGCACUGGCGGUAGCUGCACGCUCGAUAAUAAGGCCCACCCGACAUCGUUCUCGUCGUCACUGAGCAUGUAGCUAAUGCCAAGAAUGCCCACAUGUACCAUCCA